GGAGGCUCGAGUCCAUCGGCACGUCUCAGUCUUCAAAGAGAAAGAGCUCGUGCUUCCAUAAGAUUGGAUCUGGACCAUGCACCUGAGGAGGUCACUCCCAGAGUGAACGACACCGAUCUCGUCAACCCUCGAAAGGCCCUUCCAGACAAGUGCCGGACCAUCUUUCCAUACGAACUCUUCAAUGUCGUUCAAUCGAAAUGCUUUCCACACGUUUAUGGAUCUGAUGACAACGUCGUCGUUUCUGCGCCAACAGGCAGUGGGAAAACUGCCAUACUCGAGCUGGCCAUCUGCAGACUUAUCACAACACACAGUGGCAUGGAUUACAAGAUCGUCUAUCAAGCUCCGACUAAAUCGCUCUGUUCGGAGCGUGCCAGGGACUGGGAGAAGAAGUUCAGCCACAUGAAUCUCCAAUGUGUUGAGCUCACGGGCGACACAUCCCAUGCCGAAACCAAGCGCGUGGGUAGUGCUUCCAUCAUUGUAACCACUCCCGAGAAAUGGGAUUCAGUCACAAGAAAGUGGUCGGAUCAUCACAAACUUCUGAAAAUGGUACGACUUAUUUUAAUUGACGAAGUCCAUAUCCUCAAGGAUGCCAGAGGCGCUACUCUCGAGGCUGUCGUUUCUCGAAUGAAGACAAGUGGCGCUGAUGUUCGUUUCGUUGCUUUGAGUGCGACUGUGCCCAACAUCAGAGACAUUGCAGCAUGGCUAGGACGCAGCCAUUCGAACACUCAAGAAUCAGCGCAUUGGGAAAGCUUCGGCGAAGACCUGCGACCAGUCAAAUUGAGGAAAUUUGUUUAUGGCUACAAAAGUGGAGGAAACGAGUUUAUGUUUGACUCGUCACUGGACGCCAGGUUGCAAAAGCUACUGCGAAAGCAUGCGGAAGGGAAGCCGACCAUGGUGUUCUGUUUUACACGGAAGAGUUGCGAGCAGACAGCACGGAAAUUGGCAGAGUGGUGGGCUGAAUCCAAAGCUGAGGAGAAAGCCUGGCCAGCACCGACCGGACGUAUCCCCGUCAUCAGUAAGGACUUGUUAGAACUCGUCCGCUUCGGCGUAGCUUUUCACCAUGCUGGUCUUGACCCCCAGGACAGGGCAGCAGUCGAGACCAAUUUCCUAAACGGUCAACUUCACGUCAUUUGCUGUACCUCGACACUGGCGGUCGGAGUCAAUCUCCCUUGCCACACUGUCGUUCUCAAAGGCACCGUGGCCUACACCGACGAUGGAUUACAGGAAUAUUCGGACCUGGAAGUCAUGCAAAUGCUCGGUCGCGCUGGCCGACCGCAGUUCGACAGAAGUGCGGUCGCUAUCAUCAUGACGAGGCAUGAGAACAUUGAAAGGUACGACAAGAUGAUAUCUGGGGAAGAGGUUCUAGAAAGCACUCUGCAUUUGAACUUAGUUGAGCACCUGAAUUCCGAGAUUGGGCUUGGGACAAUCAAGGACCUGAAGGCUGCGAAAAAAUGGAUCUCUGGCACAUUUCUAAGCGUGCGAAUGAGAAAGGCCCCGGGUCAUUAUGAGGAGCAUGGGGGUCAAGCUGCGGUUACUCCCGACGAAAGAAUACAGCAGUGGUGUGAGCGAGACAUCCAACUCCUGCAAGACUACGGUCUUAUCACGAAGGGAGACCGUUUCAAAUGCACGGAAUAUGGCAACGCUAUGUCAAGAUAUAUGGUUCAAUUUGAUACCAUGAAGCAGCUUCUGUCGAUUCCUCGCAGCCCUAGCAUGGAGCAGCUAGUCCUCUAUCCUAUUCACGGUCCUCUGACUGAUACCUGGCAUAAGGUAUCGAUCAUGGCGCAAGUACACCUUGGAGCAUUGGCGCUGCCCAAUGACAAGGAAAAUUCUGUAUUAAAGAGGGACAUCGCUAUAGAGAACAACCUCAUUUUUGACCGCAUGAACCGCCUUGUACGAUGCUUCAUCGACUGCAAAGUCUUCGAUGGCGAUGCAAUCGGGACCAGGGUUGGUCUAGAGCUGGCAAGAGCGAUCGCUGCUGGCUCAUGGGAUGGGCAACCAUCGCAACUGCUCCAAAUUCCUGGAAUCGGCCCUGCUGGUUUGCGGAAACUUGUGGCAAGUGGUGUCCGCAGCGUAUAUGGUUUCAUUGAUAUGGGAUCUGAAGGCAUCGAGCGAGUCAUGAGCCGGAAUCCCCCCUAUGGAAGAAACCUCCUUACCAAGCACCUGAAUGGUUUCCCAAGAUUGACAAUGAAUGCCGAGAUCAUCGGUCCUCUAGGUGCUGACAAACGGAACAAUACUGUCAGCGUUGCCUUGAAGGUACGCCUGGGAUACUCAAACCGGACGACACCUUUGUGGCGAAGCAAAAGCCCCGCUGUAACGCUGUUAGUAGGCACAACUGACGGAAACCUUGCCAAUUUCUGGCGAAACAAUAUCAAGAGUGUUGCAAAUGGCUUGGAUCUGACAUUUCCAGUGAUCCUCAACAGACCGGACGAGUCUUUAACCUGCUAUUACAGUUGCGAAGAGGUUGUUGGCACUCAGGUCACCCAAACCCUCAAACCCAAUCUUCCAGCUUCUGUGUUGGUUGAAACUCAAAACUCUCAACAGCGGCAUAACCCUCAAAGCCGACAGCUGCCAGUUUUGGAUGAGGAUCUAGACGACGAUGGCUUGGCUGAUGAAGACAUGCUUGACGUUGUUAAUGACUAUGAGGAUUUCCCAAACAUAAAAGACAUUCUGGAGGAUGAUGAAUUUGAUUAUCCACGGAAAACAGCUUCACAGACUGCGACUCCACAGGUUCCGCCCCUUGGGAUCGCAUCCCCUCGGGUGACAUCCGUUCAGGUCCCAUAUUCUCAGGUUAUACCCUCGCAGAUGGCGAAUGGGAAGUGGACGUGCAACCAUCAUUGCCGCGACGGUGGACUUACCAAGAGCGGGAAGCAGUGCAGUCACCGGUGCUGCCACGAGGGGCUUGACAGACCAAGCCGGCCAAAGAAGAGAAAACCAGAUGCCGAGGGUCAUAAAGUUGCACCAACGAGCGCUUCUAGUCGUAUUCCCACUGGAGAAAAUAGUCGAAUUCACGCUUCCGCCAGUAGAAGGAACAGUCAUGGUGACCAUCCCACGAACACGCCGCCGACCCGAGAUGUGUUCAAAGGGGCGAAGAGGCCAAAGCUGAAGGACCAAAGUACAUGCUAUGACCAGGAUGGUGUCGAGUGUAUUGAUCUUUCUGUUUCAACAGAUGAAGAGAGUGACAUC